AUGGCUUUCGUUGCUGCUCUUCUCGCGAUCGCCACUUUGGGUAAUGCGGCAACCAUCACCACCACAGAGCCUGCUUUGGCUGCAAUUGAGCAGGCUCGGGCCACCACCGUGCCACAAACAUGGACGUCAAAUGUGACGGGAAAAGUUUUCGAUCGCUUUUACCAGAUCUGGCUGGAGAACGUGGACUAUGGUGCCGCAGCUGAGAAUGAUGAUCAAGAGUGGCUUGCAAGCAAAGGUAUCACUUUGCUCAACUACUACGGCGUGGGUCAUACUUCUCAGCCUAAUUAUGUGGGCGCUGCGAGUGGUGACAACUACGGAAUGGAUAAUGAUCUUUUCCAUGACAUUCCGUCAAACGUCUCAACAAUUGCCGAUCUUUUGAAUCCGAAGGGAAUAUCCUGGGGAGAGUACCAGGAACAUAUGCCCUACGCAGGCUACCAGGGUUACAAUUACUCGAACCAGGAAACCUACGCCAAUGACUAUAUGCGCAAGCACAAUCCAUUGGUAUCAUUCGACCAAAUCUCUAGCAACGACACAGCUCUACGCUUGAUUAAGAACUUCACCUCAUUCUAUGAUGACCUAGAAAAGAAGCAGCUGCCUCAAUGGGCCUUUAUCACCCCAAAUAUGACAAACGACGCCCACGAUACCAAUGUGACGUUUGGCUCGCACUGGCUUCGUGGCUUCGUGACCAACCUCAUGAACAAUACCUACUUCUGGGAUAACACACUCCUGCUGUUGACAUUUGACGAAACCGAGACUUACUAUGUCCCCGAGGCCGACAUCUAUGAUAAACGCAACCGUGUGUUCAGCAUUCUAAUGGGCGGUGCCGUGCCUAAAGACAAGGUUGGCACAAAAGACUCUACCGUCUAUACCCACUAUUCAACCCUUGCCACGGUUCAAGCCAAUUGGGGCUUGCCCUCUCUAGGACGCUGGGACUGUGGCGCCAACCUUUUCCAGCUGGUCGCUGAUAAGGUAAACUACACGAACUGGGAAGUGGAUGCUAAUAUGCUAUGGCUGAACGAGUCUCUUCCCGGUCCCCUUGAGGAUUGGGGAUAUUCAAAAUACCGUUCUAGCUGGCCUGUGCCGACCACCAAUGACACAUGUUCAUCUGGCAACGGUAUCCUGCAGUCUGUCAUUGACACAUACAAAGGCCGUACACCAACCUAUAACUAUUCUUCUCCCUUCCCAUAUGAUACCGCUUAUGGUCUGGAUACUGGCGUCCCAUAUACCCGAAAUGGCGAAGUCUAUGUUUCCGGUGUGAACACUACUGGUACCGUGGGCUAUGACUACAACACAAACAAAACCUCCAGCUCUAGUUCCGCUUCAGCGUCAGCAAGCACUGCAGCGGCCUCUGGUCCAAUCGUUCCAGCCACCAGCUUCCUGAGCGUUCUAUUUGGCGCUCUUCUGGUACUUUAG